CGCCCAGAAGUCUCGUUUUGGGUCUCGGUUUGUUUCGGCAGAGUUUUACUUUCGUGUUUGUUUCUCCGACUUUACGUUUUGUUAUAUGUAUAUAGUGGAGGAGUGCUCAUAUUGAAGUAACGCUGAAACUGACUGAUAGUCGGUCUUUUAGUCCAUGGCGUGUGAAGGAAACGGCAUGUCAGAUGAGAGGAUAGGAGAAGCCCUGAUAAAACAGGUCAUACAGGAGGAACUGAGGGACGUGACCUCAGAAGAUGUACCACCCCUCACGCCGCUGGCUGUGGAGUUAAAGACCGUGCAGGAGCAGAAUAUGGUGACUCAGCUGGGCAACAUGAUCCGUAUCAUCGGUGACAGGGUCAAAGAUGACAAGGAGUUCCAAGAUGCAAUUGAUGGGGUGGCUUGUUGCCCUGGUUCCAAAUGGGACAGAUUUAAGGCUGUGGCAGACAAAGUAUUUCACCAUGGGAUCACCUGGGAGAGGAUCGCUGUGCUCUUCUAUGUUGCCGGCAAGCUGGCUGUCAGGAUGGUGGAGGCCCAUCUCCCUCAGUCAGUGAGGGACAUCCUGAUGUGGACUGUGGAUUUCUUCAGGAACAAUCUGCUGGGCUGGAUUCGCGAGCAUGGAGGAUGGAUCAACAGUUUCUCUGACCUGGCGGUGGCGUCCAUGCAGAACGUCUCAUCGCUGAGCUCUCACCCCUACGGCCUCGUCAUCAUCUUCGUUGCUGGCCUGGCAAUGGGAAGCUUCAUCACCUGGAGACUGACCAGACAGCUCUGAGGCGCAUGCACACACACACACACACACACACACACACACACACACACACACACACACACACACACACACACACACACACACACACACACACACACACACACACACACACACACACACACACACACACACACACACACACACACACACUCUCUCUCACUCUAUACCUGGGCCUGUCUAUACCAUUAGUGAUUAGCAAGGUGGUAUUUGACCUGACUGUAAAAUGUUUACCAGAGGGUUUGUUAUUCAGGGUUAUUAUGUGAUGACAUCAUGUCUGGCAAAGUGCAUGGGCAUGCUUUCAUGUCCUGAUCCCAUGUUGAGGUCAAAUUGACUCUCACACAUACUCUCUGCUCCUCUACCCUCUCUGUUGAUGUACUGUAUCAUGGUAAAAUGUCAAACUCUUUUAGAUAUAUUUCAUCCUUCAAUUACUAGACAGAAAUUCUAACAAUGGCAGUGUUAAACCAUAAACAGAUGGUCCACACCUGUACUCUGGGUGUGACCACACUGAUGUAGGUGUGUUCUAAAUGUUCCAGCUCCAGCAUUCAGCUCCAGUGCAUCUCCAUACAGGGCCAUAUCCCAAUGCCCUUAUUUGAUCCCUUCGAUAUCCCUGCACUAUUUUUUGCAGAAAUCACUGCGGAGGCUUGAAUAGGGAAAUGCCAAACCCCUUCUCACAGGAGAAACUUGAUAGCGUGCUAUGUAAGAGAAAGGUCAGGGUCAUGUGACUGACCUUAGUGGUGCAUAGUUCAGCACUGGUUUAACAUCUAUAUACAUUGAAAGUGUUUGUCUGACUAACAAAAACCUGUUGGUGGUCAUGGGAAAGGUUUACCUUCAGAAGUCAGGUGACAUGAUGUAAAGCGGGACUGAUAAGCAGUCAUCCAGCACAAUGGUCAUCGUAAUUUUCAGCAUUUUGUUUUCAUUAUUUUCUGUUUCAGUCACAGUUUGAUUAGGUUUAGACCAUAGCACUCCUUGAUUAGGUUUAGAUCAUGGUGUGGGUUAAAAUAAUAAGUCAAUGUUGACUUUUUGUUUCACACAGGGCAGGAACAGUGUUGAUAACAAAAUAAAUCAGCCCUGUUCUAAGUUACAACUAGGUAAACUUUAGGUUAAAGAUUACAUAUGAAACCAGUCAGGUUAAGGUUUAACAGUUUAUCCAAAAAGUGAUAAGAAGGAUAAAAUGUGUGCUAAUAAGGAACACAACUCUCUGCCACACACUGUGUGAUGCAGGACUUAAUGUGCUGAGUCCAUCACUAGAUUAGUUAUUGUAUCAUUGCUGGCUUCCUCUUGUAUUGUUUGAAGAAGCAUACGACAACUACUCAUGGAAAAAGUGGAGAAUAUAUACAGGACAGGGAAAGACAUGACCCAUUGCCUCUGUUCAGUGAGGGAGAAUAAACAUAUGAAAGAAUACUUGUAUGCGUAGGUCUGAGUUAUAAGGAUAGUGAUAGCACACAUGGUAGAUUAGCUUGCUCACCGUAGUGCUGAUUCAGACCUUGCAGAAGCUGGCAGUCUGUCAAGAAUCUCUGCUUCUCACAGCUCAGAAGUUUUAUAUCAACUUACCCCCUUUAUCGUAAAUCUUGUGGUGAUUAGACAUCACUACGGAUCAAGUCAGUUUGUUUUUUUUGAAGUACAUUAUUACAAUCCCUCCAUUCAGAGAAUGAAAAAAAAACCUUAAAGGUGGAAAAUGUCAGGAAGAGCAACAGAGGUACGAUCCUUCUCUAAUACACCAUGUGUACAGAAUAGAUGAACAACAGUACGGACAAUCAUCAUGACAAAAAUGUACACAGUAAACUUAUAUCAAGAAAAUGCAUACAGAAAUCUUGUUAGCAGGACAAAGAUGCACAGUAUGAACUAGGCUUAAUUGACUCCAUUGAGACUGAGACUGAAGGAUGAUGGUAAUGGGCAUAAAGCCUAAUGAUCAAAGAAUACGAAACCAACAGAGUUAAGAAUGAGUGUAAGGUUUGGAUUUAAAGAUCUCCCCAGAACAAACUGUCUAAUGCCCCCACAGCACUUUAUACCAGCACACAUAACAGAAGGAACUGGGGUGUCACAUGACAUGGGUUUAUUUCCUCUUUAGGCUUUCAUCUAGUUAAAAGAGCUAUGUGACCUGAUGGCCUGACAAAAAAAGGGGGGAGUUUCUUUAUCUGUCAUUCCUACUGUAUACUCUAUCAUGAAUAUGUAAUAGUCAGGGAGAGCAGUCUUACAGUAUUUUGAUGUGAGAGAGAUUUACAUUUUUUCCACUAAUUAAGAAUGAUGAGAAAUUCUCAUAAUACCCUGAAUUAUUGAAUAUCAAACUCACAAAUUGAAUAUAAAUGAAUGAGGCAAAUGGAUACAUAGAGAUUUCUUUAUUGUUUCCCAUUGUACAGAAAGUUUUUGUUGGGAAAGGACAACAGAGCAAUAUGAACAAAAAAUAAUAACUCAGGGACAGCGUGACAACCAAAGCAUUUAACAGGGAUGCACCAAUAUACCAGCAGAACAUCGGAAUUGGCCAGUAUUCACUGACUGACUGAUUGGCAAAUAAAGUCCUAUGGAACAGGACGAGUGUUAUCAGGGGAUCUUGUGCAAUUUAGAAAUAACCACCCCACAUUUGUGUUUUGUGUGGCUACUUCAUACAAGUUAAGCAAAGUCUGAUGUCAUGGCUCCGUAGAACAUCAACUUUCAGAAGUGAAUCCUCUGUUCACAAGCAGCCACAUUAUUAAUCUAGUUUAAAGUUGUUUCACCCUCUUUGUGUGUGUGUCACAAGAAUGAAAACAAUGCUUUGUGACUACUAGAACAUCACUUUAGAACAUCAAUCCAGCUGAUCUGACGGCAUACUGUGAUCAAAUUUCUUGCUUGAUCAGAUGUCUGACAACAGGAUACAACCCAAAAUCACCAAAAUGCUGAUUCACAACGGACUAAUAUAAUAAGACAUCUGUGUCUGGCAAGAUACAGUGGGUCAUUAGAGAAGAAGAUUUGUAGUCCAGGACAUUCCUCCAGCACUACACAACUUGAUCAUAAUGCUUUUUUGUCACACAUUUAACCCUUUAUCAAAAAACCUUAGCGUUUUUGCAAUAUGGAUUUGCACUUGGCCAUAUUGCACUUACUGUUAUAUGUAGAGUAAUUGCACAGUCCCAGUCCCCGGGUAAUACUAGUCCAGUACGAAUAGGGCUCAAGAUGUCGUGGCUGAUGUGUAUCUAAUGUCAUAUCAGUUUGGUGCUCACACAUUCACGAGUUAUUGGUUUGAGACAUCCUCGCCAUCACCAGGUUUUUGAAGCAGUUGCUUUAAAAAAAGAAAAAGGAAAAUCUAUACCACAUAAAAGAAGGCGAUUUUAAUGUGUGUUUCUUGAAUUUAAUGAUUGAAUUUGUGCACUUUCAUAGACAGUAUAGUGAAGGGCUGACUGACUGACUGAGUUCAGCUAUUUUUUGUAAGAAUGUGUAUUUGUUUCCUUUGCCUGGAUGAACCAUGAAAACAAAACUAAAGCAUACACCAAUAAAACCUCUGUACUGCCAUCGGCUAUUUGCCAGAUUUUGAAAUUGGGUUGAUACCAAUACAAUGAUUGAAAUAACAAUUGGUGCAUCUCUUGUAUUUAAGCUUGUUGUGGUGGUUAAUAUUCCCCCAAGUUCCUUAUCUUCAGCACUGUGCUUGUUUCAUCAUAUGACUCUGCAGAGUUUCAGGUUGGGGUAAUAAUAAGCUCUCACAGUCUGCUGAUGUCACUCUGAUCACAUUGUGCUUCAUUGUUGAAUAUCACUAUCAGCAGUACAUAUAGCAUAUCAUGUUCAUUUGUAAAAAACAAACAAAAAAAAAAAGUCAUGAUUGUAAGAUGUCUCAUGUGCCUUUUCAUUGUACCACAUUCAUUAUAGUCUUUUGAAAAUAAUGAAUUGAUUAACAAUUGCAGAGGUUCACACUCUAUUCACACAAAUAAAUGAUGUGAAAGGUUAUUUUGUCUGAUUGAAGAAUUUUUACCCUUUUUAUGUCACUAUGCAAUACAUGCUGUGGAUGGAGAGAGAGAAUAAUAAAGCCAUCUUUUGUAAGUCUGA